AUGGUUAACAGAACUGGUAUUGAGAACAUUAUCCACUGUCAAAAAACAUUAUGUUUUGGAUCUGGAUGUGUGAUAUUCUCGGUGAACGGGCCGGCCGAAAUCAACGAGUCUAACAAGGAAAGAAGUGAGUCAAGAGUUGCUUACAGUUUAGAUGAUGUACCUCCUUGGUAUUUGAGUAUGGCUUUAGGAUUACAGCAUUAUUUGACGAUGUUUGGAGGUACAAUAACAUAUCCUUAUUUACUUUCACCUUUUCUAUGCAUUCCUGACACGAAUCCGGCAAGAGGGUACUUGGUUACUACUACGUUCUUUGUAUCGGGUAUAUGUACUUUUUUGCAGACAACAUUUGGUGUUCGGCUACCUAUUGUUCAAGGUGGUUCAAUGGCUUUUUUCGUUCCUAUUUUGGCUAUCUUAAGCCUUCCUGAAGCAAAAUGUCCAGACGUAAAAAACAUGACUCUACUCUCCAUAGAAGAACAAGAUGCUAUAUGGACGAUCCGAAUGAGAGAAGUUCAAGGAGCCAUAGUUGGAGCUGCAAUCUUUGAAGUUGUAAUUGGAUGUACAGGACUAAUAGGAAUACUCUUGACCUGGAUUACACCAUUAGCAAUAGUUCCAACAGUGUCUCUUGUUGGAUUGUCUCUGUUUGCUGAAGCUGCAAACUUAGCUGCAGGACACUGGGGCAUAGCAGCAUUCACAAUAGCUCUUUUGAUCCUGUUUUCACAGUAUUUACCAAAUACCACUGCUCCUUUUCCAAAAUUUACCAAAAAGGAUGGAUGGACAAUUUAUCGCUUCCCAGUUUUCAAGCUCUUUCCAGUACUGUUGACGAUAGUACUAUCAUGGGCCUUAUGUGCUGUUCUUACGGUCACAGGAGUUUUUAGUGAAGAAUCAGCGGCGAGAACAGAUACUCAUUUGACAAUCUUAAGAGAGAGUCCUUGGUUUCGAUUUCCGUAUCCAGGUCAAUGGGGCUUACCAACUUUUAACACUGCAGCAAUAUUUGGAGUUCUUGCUGGGGCAUUAUGUUCUGCAAUUGAAUCAGUGGGAGAUUAUUAUGCGUGUGCUAGGCUAGCUGAUGCACCCUCACCUCCGAAACAUGCUAUCAAUAGGGGUAUAUUUAUGGAAGGCAUAGGAUGCAUUAUCUCUGGUCUUUUUGGUACUGGUAGUGGAGUCACUUCAUACAGUGAAAAUAUCGGAGCCAUAGGAAUUACAAAAGUAGCCAGUCGAAGAGUUGUACAGUACGGAUCUCUUCUAAUGAUUGCAUUUGGAAUGCUUGGGAAAUUUGGAGCAUUAUUUAUGACCAUUCCGCAACCUAUCAUAGGAGGAGUAUUUUGCAUAAUGUUUUCCAUGAUUUCAGCCGUUGGUUUAUCCACUUUGCAUUUCGUCGACUUGAACUCAUCAAGAAAUAUAUUUGUACUAGGCUUCUCUAUUUUCAUGGGGCUUUGUGUUCCAAAAUGGAUGCAAGCCAAUCCUGAUGUUAUAAAUACAGGUAGUCCAGUAUUUAACCAAAUCGCAACAGUUCUUUUAAGUACCAAUAUGCUUGUUGGAGGCUUUAUUGGAUUCCUUCUUGAUAAUACUAUGCCAGGAACAGAUGAAGAAAGAGGAAUACUGAAAUGGAAAAAUCAGGCCCCAACUUCUCCAGAAACAAAUGGGAAAGCAAGAAGCUAUGACAUACCAUUUUUCAAGACAGAAAAUCUAUUCUCAUUUUUUAAAUAUUUACCUGUUAGUCCAUCGUAUGAAGAGAACAUUUUUACAUCAAAAAUUUUGCAACUAAAAUGCUGCACAAACGAAGAGAAAUCUCGUUCAUCAUCUCAUUUGUGA